GGCCGCCCCCCCGCCUUCCCUCAGCAUCGGCACCGCCCCUCAGCUUCACCCGCGGGUUCUUCCCGCCCGGCGCAGCCGCGGAGCAGCAGCCCGGGCGCGGAGCGGGCGGGAAGGACGGUGGGGCGUUGGUCGCGGUGCCGGCGGGGCGGGAUGGCGCUGUCGCAGCAGUGCGAGGCGGCGUUCGGUACCGCGGACCUGUACGGUGUGCUAGGCGUGCGGCGCGGCGCGUCCGAACAGGACAUCCGCCGCGGCUACCACCGAGCCUCGCUGCGCCUGCACCCCGACCGCGUCCCGGCCGAGCAGAAGGAGGAGGCCACACGCCGCUUCCAGAUCCUGGGCAAGGUGUACGCCGUGCUGAGCGAUGAGAAGCAGCGCGCAGUGUACGAUGAGACGGGCAUGGUGGAUGAGGAGGCCGAGGCGCUGCAGGACGGGCGGGACUGGCUGGAGUACUGGCAGCUGCUGUUCAAGGUCACCGUGAAAGACAUCGAAGAGUUCAAGAGUAGCUACAAAAACUCGGAGGAAGAGCUGGCUGAUGUGAAGGCAGCGUACAUGACUUUCAAGGGUGACAUGGAUCGGAUCAUGGAGUCUGUGCUGUGCGUGGACUACACAGAUGAGCCCAGGAUACGGGAGAUGAUCGAGCGAGCCAUCGACUCCGGGGAGGUGCCAUCCUACAAGGCUUUUGUAAAGGAGUCAAAGCAGAAGAUGAUGUCCAGAAGAAAGCGGGCAGAAAAAGAAGCUAAAGAGGCAAAAAAGACUAUAGAUGAGCUGGGCCUAAGUGGAGAAAAUGACUUGCAAGCGCUGAUUAAACACCGAAGCAAAGAACGAGAAAAGGAAAUGGAUAACUUCUUUGCCCAUCUGGAAGCAAAGUAUGGCAACACUGCUAAGAAAGGAGGAAAGAAGACCUCAGGCAAGAAAAGAAAGGCAGAAGGAACAGCGUAGACUGAAAUACCAGGUUUCACUUUGUGUGGAAACGUGGAUUUGGGAGAAUUUUGGGUGUUUUCUGGGCCCCAGUUUCAGACUGUGUGCAUUGACUGGCUCUAAGUGGGAGGCAUGACAUGGAAUCCAUGCUGAACAAGGAAGUCAAGGCAUUCCUGUGCUACUGUCUCCAACCCUUUGGGUGCUCUACAGCUGAGAUCCACGUGUGCUGUUCACACAUUUCUUCUGUAACAAACCUCCUGCUAUUCUUAAAGGUCUUUGCACAUCAGCUCAACAGGUCUUUUUCAGAUAUUCCAGUAGUUUUUAUAAAGAUAGUUUGGAAAAUUGCUGAUUUAAUAAACUAGAAGGUGGGUUUUUUUCAGA